UAUAUUGAAUGUAGCGGGCGGCCAAGUUUGGGUGACCUAUAUAAGCAGUGUUGACUGUUCAUUGUUCCAGCAUAAGAGCAAUCACUGCACUUCAUUACAUUGAACAGAAUUUAUAUUGCUAAAAUGACUGUUUUAUUUCCAACCAACAGUUCCAAAACAAGCACCACAGGUACCUCUAACAACGAAGUAUUCAGUCCCAUAGCCCUUUCCGAUGAUGUUCCUACAUCACAGGGAUAUAUCAAACCCAAAAGCCCGGUGAACAUAGUAGCGCUAGCACCGUUCAACAUUGAGGACGAAAGCGAAGGACAAGCGUCAUGGUAUCAUGCAUCUCUUCAUUUAACCACCGCCAGUAUUGGUACUGGAAUCCUGGGCCUCUCGAAAGCCUUCGGUUAUCUCAAUUUGAUCACAAACGCCCCAGGUCUUGUAGGUUGUUUGUUUUUGAGCGCAGCAUUCGUAAUUAACUGGUACACAUCCUGGUGUCUAUCUAAGAUACACAUUCUUGCACCAUCCAAAGAAUACCCGAAGGGUCGCAGAUUGAAGACAUUUCUGGAAGUCGGCUCAUACGCCUGGGGCAACAAGGUGGCCAAUUUUAUACUCACUCCUUUGCAGUUGCUCAACUGUGUAGGUACUGGGAUUGCCUACUUGAUUGUAGCUGGAAAUAACAUACAGAGUCUAUACAGGCUGUAUGGUGGAUCAGAAGACACCAAACUGAUGUUCUUUACCAUUGCGGCCAUUCUGUGUCAACUAGUGCUGUGCCUGUUCCCAUCUCUAGAGUCUUUCCAGGGCAUGUCAUUUGUAGGUGCUAUGAUGAGUAUGGUCUACGCCGUGAUCGCCAUUGUACUGUGUUUCGUUUUGUAUGGAAGUCCAGUUAUCUCACCAGAGCCUUCUUAUAAGAUCAGUUCAGGCAUGGAUGCCAUGUGGAACAUGUUUCUGGGAAUCUCCACGGUUGCAUUUCUUUUCGGGAUGCAGACCAUUCAGCCUGACGUCCAGAGUACACUUCGUAGAGAGAAUCCUUCCACCGAGGUUGCCUAUAUGCGCGGCUUAGCCGGUACUUACAGUGUUUCCAUUCCUCUGUAUGUUCUCAUUGGUGUAGCGGGCUUCCUGACAUUCGGAGAAGCAGUGUCGUCAGAUAUUCUAGUGAGUAUCAGUGACGUCUCCACAGGGUCUGUGGUCAAGAUUUUCAUCACUAUUGCGCAGGUGACGGUUAUUGUGCAUGUCAUUGUGGCCUACCAAGUAUGGUCGAUGCCCGUGUACGCCCUAUUUGAAUCAUGGCUCGCCAAGUUUAACAACAAAAACAAGCCUCAGACUGACGACAAAUUCUCAUUUUCUGCGGAAGAAGUUGAAAGCGCAUUGACUGUUGAAACUGUCGAGGCGAAAUCCAAAUUCAGUUUUAAACUACCACUCAGCCCAACAGUCAUUGCCAUACGAUUUGCUUUCGUAUGCUUCGCUGGGUUUGUAGCCAUGGCAAUUCCUUUCUUUGGAGACAUCAUGGCUUUGAAUGGUUCAAUCGCUAUAGUUCCGCUAUGCUUCAUCUGUCCCAUCGCUCUGCGAUUUACCACAGGCGAUGACCGUGGAAGUAUUGGUUUACCAGAGAAGGUGUGGGCUCUGUCUAUCAUGAUUAUCAUGUGCGUAAUUGCAGUGAUAGGAGGCAUUUCGGCGGUGAGGCAAAUCAUACUGGAUGCAAGCACAUACGAGCUGUUUAUGUAGAUCUAUCUGUAGUUUUGUAUAUUGCACCUGCCAAAGGAAUUAAAAGAAAAUUUUGAGGAUG